UUUAUAUAAAGAAAUCAAGCAUUAUACCAAAUAUACCAUAAAGGCAUGGAGAACGUUCAAAACAACUUCUUGCAUUGUGAAAUUUUCGUCAAAAGCAUCAGUUGCAGCAUAUAUGUUGAACUAAACAGACGUGAAUGGUUAUGAUCUUUUCGCGAUAUUGUGUAUUUUUACUACAAGUAACAGAAAAUAUCAGGGAGGUAUUAAGUUAUUUCACUUGAAUGUCAACAUAAAAAGUUGAUUAAUAAUGCAUCAGUAAUAUGUUUGAGUCUUACCUAAAUUUUGCUCAAUCAUUUAAAACAUGCUCUACAUCAGAAGUGUCAAUAUUUCAAUUUUAUCUUUAUUAAUGUCAAAUGCAUCUGAGAGCUCGGAUAGUAAUGUUCUUAACUAUAGUAUAACAAAACUCUUAUCAAAGGAAAAUGUGGUGCCUACGUUAACCUCUCCUUUACAUAAAAGUGCUUUAAAUGUGGGACCAAACGGAAGUGUAUAUGAAGAAAUAAACUCUUUUUAUUUUUAUGAGACUGAACAACUAACAGUAUUAUGGGUAUUAUUUAUUGUAAUCGUAGUUGGGAAUCUGGCUGUUUUAACAACAUUAUUUUUUAAUAAAACACGAAAAUCUCGAAUGAAUUACUUUAUCUGUCAAUUAGCAAUAGCAGAUUUGUUCGUUGGCUUACUCAACGUGCUAACGGACAUUAUAUGGAGACUUACUGUGUCAUGGAGGGCCGGAGAAAUAGCAUGCAAAGUAAUUCGAUUUAUGCAAGCAUGUGUUACAUAUUCAUCAACUUAUGUAUUAGUAGCUUUAAGCAUUGAUCGAUAUGACGCCAUCACAAAUCCGAUGAAUUUUUCUGGCUCGUGGACUAGAGCAAAAAGGCUAGUUGCAGGAGCUUGGAUAAUAAGCGCAUGUUUUUCAAUACCAAUGAUAUUUUUGUAUGAGGAAAAAGUUAUUCAAGAUAAGUUGCAAUGUUGGAUUGAAUUAGGUGCACCAUGGAGAUGGCAAUUGUACAUGUGCCUCAUUUCAUCAAGUCUCUUUUUUAUUCCUGCAAUUAUUAUUUCAACUUGCUAUGCUAUUAUUCUUAAAACAAUAUGGACUAAAGGAGGUGUUCUUGCAUCACCAAAUGAAUUACGAAACACAAAUAACAUCGAUAGAGGAAGCAGGCGUGCUAGUUCGAGAGGAAUUAUUCCUCGGGCAAAAAUCAAAACUGUCAAAAUGACUAUAGUUAUAGUUAUUGUAUUUGUAAUUUGUUGGUCACCUUAUAUAGUUUUCGAUUUACUUCAAGUUUUUGGAAGUAUACCAAAAACUCAAACAAAUAUUGCAAUUGCAACAUUUAUGCAGAGUCUUUCUGUCCUUAACUCCGCUACAAAUCCUUUAAUAUAUUGUCUGUUUUCAACACAAAUUUGUCUUACAUUCAGACGAGGACCUAUUUUUGGAUGGUUUGUUUCAAUAUGGUGUUGCAGAAGUCAAGAAACUUCUUCUUCCAGUGAUGGGAUUUCGCGUACUUUAACAACAACUUUGACGAUAUCAAAACGUUCAAUUAUACGACCAACUAAGGUGGUUAUUGUCGAAAGACCAAUUACUGGAGAAAUUUGAACAGUGUAUAAUUAUGCCUAGCGGUUAUCAUUGAUGGAAAUAAAUACAAAAAAAUAAUUUAUAGUUUCCUAAAUUUUGAUGUUAAAUAUGUUCUAGAUAUAAUAAUCUCUCAAAUUUAAUAAUUGAGGUAAAUAAUAUGCAUUAAAAACUGCAUUGAUUUUGAUAUAUUUUGUUUGU